ACGGAGGGGCACGUUCUGCUCCGUGGGAGCGCAGUUCUGGGCUCGGUCGUAACGAGCGUCAAAUUUGUGCGGCUGGUGGGGGAUACGCGGUCGGACUGGGAGGGAGAGUCGGCACCCGAGAGGUGGAAGAGGACAGGCUUUAGGCUGGAAGAGCCUUAGAGGAGCCGUAUUCCAGGAUGACUGGUUUGGUUUUGUGUGAACCAAUAGAGCUGUACAACAUCUUGAAUCAAGUCACAAAACUCUCCAGAUUGACUGAACCCAACUAUCUCUGUUUAUUGGAUGUGCGUUCCAAGCGGGAAUAUGAUGAAAGCCAUGUGAUUACAGCCCGUAGAGUGAAGAAGAAGGCAAAUGAAUACCUUAUCCCGGAGUCUGUGGAUCUGGAGUGUGUGAGAUACUGCGUGGUGUACGAUGACAGCACCAGCAUGCUGGAGAUGGCCCUGAAACACAGUGAUGAUGACAGCUCUGAUGGCAGCACAGACAUAACAGCACUUGGAGCUGCGGUUGAGUGUGGCAGAGCCCUGACCCUCCUCACCCGCCACCCCGUUCGCAUCCUGAAAGGGGGCUACCAGUGCUUCUCGGCCAUGUACCACUUCUUCCGGACACAGAAGAUCAUCUGGAUGCCACAGGAACUGGAUGCAUUUCAGCCAUACCCUGUUGAAAUAAUACCAGGCAAGAUCUACCUAGGCAAUUUCAGGCAAGCCUGUGACCCUCAAAUUCAGAAGGAUUUGAAAAUCAAAGCACAUGUCAACAUCUCCAUGGAGGCAGGACCAUUUUUCAAAGGUGAUGCUGACAAGCUUCUGCACAUCAAGGUAGAAGAUUCUCCAGAAGCCAACAUUUCCCCCUUUUUACGCCUCCUCUGUCACUUCAUUGAAAUUCACCUCGAGCUUGACUCUGUCAUCCUCGUCUUUUCCACCCUGGGCAUCAGUCGCAGCUGUGCGGCCAUCUUGGCUUACCUCGUGCACCAGAAUGAGCAGACCCUGAAGAGGUCCUGGGCCUACCUCAAGAAGUGCAAAAACAACAUGUGUCCAAAUCGGGGCUUGGUGGCCCAGCUGUCACAGUGGGAGAAGAUCGUCCUUGGAGACUGCAUCACGGACGUCAUGGAUCUAGUCUACUGAUCUUCCCUGUGGCCCACCUAUGGGUCCUGAAGAACCUUACUUGGGGGUUUCUUGGGGGUAGUGUGACAGGAUGUGUAACUAGGUUGGUGUGCAAAGAAGAGGCCUUCGCUGCCCCAAUGUCAUGCCA